GCUGGCGUGUAGCCUGUGGAAGAGGAGGACAUGGUUGGGUGGCAGACCUGGGCUCAGAAGACUGGAGUGAGAUCAGGCAGCUGUGGGCCUUAGGAAAUCUCCUUGGACUGGCAGAUGGCCCAUUCUUGCAGCAGCAGCUGUGGGGUCCACUGGCCCUGAGCCCUCAGAGCCGUGGCUGUGGGGAGCCUCCUGUCUCUGGCCUUGCAACGGUUUAACUAGUGCUUUCUUCCCCCUAGGCAGCCAUGGAUGCCAGUUGGUGCUGAGAGCAGUGGGGCAUGGCUGCAGCCCUGCAGGUCCUGCGUCACUUGGCCCGAGCCCCCUUGAGCCCACUCCUCUGGGGGGGCCCAUUGGCCCGGCUGGCCAGUAGCAUGGCCCUGGCAGAGCAGGCACGGCAGCUGUUUGAGAGCACUGUAGGUGCCGUGCUGCCGGGCCCCAUGCUGCAGCGGGCACUGUCUUUGGACCCUGACAGCGGGCAGCUGAAGGUGCGGGACCGGAGCUUUCAGCUGCAGCAAAACCUCUACCUGGUGGGCUUUGGCAAGGCUGUCCUGGGCAUGGCAACUGCAGCUGAGGAGCUACUGGGCCAGCAUCUUGUGCAGGGCGUGAUCAGCGUUCCCAAGGGGAUCCGUGCUGCCAUGGAGAGUGCUGGCAAGCAGGAGAUGCUGUUGAAGCCACACAGCCGUGUCCUGGUAUUCGAGGGCGCGGCGAACAACCUGCCGGACCGAGAUGCCCUGCGGGCUGCUCUGGCCAUCCGGCAGCUGGCUGAAGGCCUCACAGCUGAUGACCUGCUGCUCGUGCUCAUCUCAGGUGGGGGCUCGGCCCUGCUGCCCGCCCCCAUCCCACCUGUCACACUGGAGGAGAAGCAGACACUCACCAAGCUGCUGGCAGCCCGCGGAGCCACCAUCCAGGAGCUGAACACCAUCCGGAAGGCCCUGUCCCAGCUCAAGGGUGGGGGGCUGGCUCAGGCCGCCUACCCUGCCCAGGUGGUGAGCCUGAUUCUGUCAGACGUGGUGGGGGACCCUGUGGAGGUGAUUGCCAGCGGCCCCACUGUGGCCAGCAUCCACAGUGUGCAAGAUUGCCUGCACAUCCUCAAUCGCUAUGGCCUUCGUGCUGCCCUGCCACGUUCUGUGAAGACUGUGCUGGCUCGGGCUGACUCUGACCCCCAUGGGCCACACACCUGUGGUCACGUCCUCAAUGUGAUCAUUGGCUCCAAUGCACUGGCACUGGCUGUGGCUCAGAAGCAGGCCGAGGCGCUGGGAUACAGGGCUGUGGUGCUGAGCACAGCCAUACAGGGAGAUGUGAAAAGUGUAGCCCAGUUCUAUGCACUGCUGGCCCGAGUGGCUGCAGCCCGCCUCACCAUGCCUGGGGCUGGAUCCUCUGUGGAGGAGGAUGAACAACUCUUUGAACUGGCGGCUGAGCUCCAGCUCCCAGACCUGCAGCUGAAGGAGGCUCUGGAGGCCGUGGUGGGCACUCGGGGCCCGGUCUGCUUGCUGGCUGGUGGUGAGCCCACAGUGCAGUUGCAGGGCUCAGGCAAGGGUGGCCGGAACCAGGAACUGGCCCUGCGUGUUGCAGCAGAGCUGGGACGGUGGCCGUUGGGGCCUAUUGACGUGCUGUUUUUGAGCGGUGGCACUGAUGGGCAGGAUGGGCCCACAGAGGCAGCCGGGGCCUGGGUCAGGCCUGAGCUUACCAGCCAGGCCGCCGCCCAGGGUCUGGACGUGGCCGCCUUCCUAGCCCACAAUGACUCACAUACCUUCUUCUGUCGCUUCCAGGGUGGGGCACACCUGCUGCACACAGGGCUCACUGGCACCAAUGUCAUGGACGCCCACCUCCUGUUCCUGCAGCCGCGGUGAUAUUGUAGGUCAUGUUUUGGGAACCUAGAGGAGGCCUGCAGGGCAGCGUCCUGGAGCAGACCAGGUUUGGUCCCCAGGGCCUCACCAGGCUUUAUUGCCUCUCUUCUCCUUGGACCUAGCUACAUGGUUGGCCCUCACACCUCCCAACCAGGGCCUCUGCUUUGUGUCCAGCUCCCCAACCAGACAGGCAGAUGGGGGUUCUCUUCCACCCCUACUUUUUCAGCCAUGGCAGCAGGUACCCCUGAGGACCAGGACCAGCCCCUAGGCCAAUUUGCUGCUCCCAGUGUUUUCCCCCAGGCAGCCCCUCUGCUCAGCUCCUGAGCCUGUUUCUUCUGUGGGGUGAAACAGGAAGGACUGAAAAUAAAAAGGACCACACUAUGGGUUCUCA